AUGCUUUCUCUGGAUGAUGAUCAAAAUGCUGCAAGAGUAUUUGCUUGUCCCCAAUGUCCUAAAAUCUUUGCCACCCGCUCAAAUCUGAAGCGCCACAUGGAAAACCCCAACAUUCACAACAUACCUUACGUCCGAAGUCGCGAUCAGAAACGAUGGAAGGGCCAUUCCAAAAAAAUAGUAUCAAAGGAAGAGACAACCGAAAGUAACAAUGAUAGAAUGCGUAAAUGGAGAGCAGAAAACAGAGAGAAAAACAGACAAAACGAUUUACGCUGUCGUGUGUAUCGCUUAGCACGCCAAAAGUACGGUGAUCAUGAUUCCGCUGAGAAACAAGCUUUUGUACGAGAAGAAAUAGCAAGACGAUUAGGCAGACGCAUGAUGAUGGAAAGAAGAGAAUCCAAUGGCGCUUGGGCUCCACCUCUUGGUAUGCGGGAUUCCUUGCGUCUGAUGAGUCCCGUAAUACACUAUUCGUCCUCUCCAUCAAGCCCUACAUCGCCCAGCAGCACUGCAUCAAGCACUAGUGAUAUCAUUGAACUACCUUUCUACAGUGCACCACAGCAAAAGAUUGAACUGCCAUCGAUUGAUAGAUUUACUCGCACUAGUUCUUGGUCUUCAUCACCACCUGAUUUCUCAUCAGCCUCAUCCAGCCCUGUACUUCCGCAUCUGUCACCUUCAUUACAACGUCGCACUAGCAGUAGCAGCACUAGUAGCGUCAGCAGUGUCACGAGUGACAACCAAAACAACAACAAACGACGUCGAUCCUCUUCCCAUCACUCUACUACACCCGUACCCACCUCCAAAAAGCAAGCGGUUGAAGCAGCCAUGACAGACGCAGCAGUAGUAACACAAGCACCAACUCAAUUUGUCAAAGUUGAAGGCAAGAAAGCAGGGGAAGCUGCUCAAGAUGACUUUUGUGUGCUACCCUCUAUGCAUGCUUUUCUAUCCUACAAUGCAUCUUCUUCCACAUCACCUGCCGCCUGUACAGAACAACAAAAACAACAACAAAAGCACCAGGAACACCAAGAACAAUGUUGCAUACCCACAGUUACUACAAAAGGUGGAAUUAAAUAUGUCGAUUCAAACAAAAUACUAGACGAAUUUGUCGGCGUAGUUCUAAAUUACGUAGAUAAUGCAACAGUAGCACAGUAA